AUGGUGCCCCCACAGCCGCGUACAGUUAAGACGGACCCCCCGGAGAUGCCGCUAACAAAGCUGAAUGCAGCUACUAAGAUGAAGGUGUUGUUACAGACGCAUGACGAUUUAUAUUGUUUUAAAGGAGACAUUGUCUUUUUCUUAUGCCGCAACUCCCUACCAGAAGACGCAAAGAAGCUCGAUAAACAGAGGUUCUCGCUUCUUGCUGCUGCACUUGAAGAGACAGAAUUCAAAGGAGAAGUCGGGACAAGUGUAUGCGUUCGGGUGUCUUUAGACAACCCUCGUUAUAUUUGUUUAGUGGGGUGUGGGGAGCAUAAGACUUUCGAUGCUGCUGCAGUUGGUGCUGCAGUAGCAGCAGCAAUUAGAGAUAGGCCUAAGGCCCGUUCAGUUGGGGUGUAUAUACCCCCCAUGGCGCAGGCGUGCCCUUGCCCUGAGGCUCCGAAGAUAUUUAUUCGCAAACUGCAAGCACUUCUAGAGACUCUCUUCGUUGAUCUAGAACCAGACAACAGGUCUGCUGCUGCUGCUGCUGCUGCGGAUGCUGCGGCUGCUGCUGCUGUGGGUGAUGCUGCUGUGGAUGCUGCUGCUGCUGCUGCUGCUGCUGUGGCUGAUGCUGCUGCUGUGGCUGUUGCUGCUGUGGCUGAUGCUGCUGCUGCCACUGUGGCUGUUGCUGCUGUGGCUGAUGCUGCUGUGGCUGAUGCUGCUGUGGCUGAUGCUGCUGUGGCUGAUGCUGCUGUGGGUGCUGUUGCUGCUGGGGCUGCGGAAGCUGUUUCUGUGCUGUUCAAGGGCACUGGCUCCAAGAAGGCCACUGCCCCCCAAGUUGAGCAGCUGACGAUAUUUACCUUCGAUAAAGAGGAGACAGAGCGCGCUGUGGAGGGUUUGAGGGAGAAGGGCUCCUUAGCCACCGUCUCUGAAGAUGCAAGAGAAGGUCUAGGGUUUAGAGUUUACGUGCAGGCGGCGCGGCAUGUGGCUUCGGGGGUUCAUCUCGCGCGGGAGUUAGUAAACGCCCCAGCGAAUUACUGCACCACCAUCACUCUAGCAAAAGCAGCAGAAACUAUUGCUGCAGAGGGGGGCUUAGAGUGUAAGAUACUGGAUCUGCCUGCUCUAGAAGAGUUGAAGAUGGGUUGCUACUUAGCAGUAGCGAAGGGUUCAAUGUACCCGCCGCAGUUUAUUCAUCUGACCUAUAAAGCUAAGCCAGCAGCAGCAGCAGGAGGAGCAGCAGGAGCAGCAGCAGGAGCAGCAGCAGCAGCUGGAGGGAAGAUAAAGAAAAUAGUGUUCGUCGGCAAAGGCUUAUGCUUUGAUAGCGGAGGUUAUAACAUAAAGAGAGCAGAGACAUCAAUAGAGAUGAUGAAGUUUGAUAUGGGGGGUGCAGCAGCAGUAUUAGGAGCAGCACAAGCAAUUGCUGCCUUAAAGCCCUGCAACAUAGAGGUCCAUUUUAUUGCUGCUGCAGCUGAGAAUAUGCUUAGCAGCAAAUCGUAUAGACCAGGAGAUGUAUUAACAGCAAGCAACGGGAAGACAGUAGAAGUAGGUAAUACAGAUGCAGAGGGGCGGCUAACUCUUGCUGAUGCUCUGGUGUAUGCUGAGCAGCUAAAGCCUGACGCUAUUAUAGAUGUAGCAACUCUUACUGGAGCAUGCAUGAUUGCUUUAGGAGAUGCAUAUGCUGGGCUCUUCAGUCCUGAUGAUGCUCUUGCAGACAAAGUUUUGAAGAGCGCGGAGAGAAGCUGCGAAAAGAUGUGGAGGAUGCCGUUCAUUGCUCGUUACAGAGAUAUGUUAGACUCGAAGUGCGCAGAUAUUAAUAACACUGCUACAAAAGGAAAAGGAGGGGGGGCCAUUACUGCUGCAGUCUUCCUCAAAGAAUUCGUCGAUAAGACUCCUUGGGCUCACAUAGACAUAGCAGGCCCCGCUUGGUGUUAUAAGACGGGCUCAGCGACAGGUUAUGCGGUGAGGACAUUAACAGAGUUUGCUUUAGCUACAUCAAAAGAGCAGUAA